GACGAGGCCGCGCGUGGAUCCCUGGAGUCCCGUUUUCCUUCUCUGCGACGAUUUGAUUUAUACACCUCAUCCGGUAUCGAGCGAUACUGCGUAAGAUAUCGCAAUUCUUUCUUCAAUUCGAUUAGCCCAUACAGACGACAUUGACAUCUGAACGCGAGCACGCAACAGCGUUCUCACUCCAGACUCGUUACCUUUGCAGAGGUCAACGAGAGAUGACGAGAUGGAGAAGCGCGUCCUGAAUCGCCGGAAACAGGAACGGUAUUACAUCACACGCUGCCGCCACCGUAACACGUGUUACGAUUGCGUGCACGGAUGAUCGUUCUUGUUGUCGCGAACCUCGCGGCGAACGGCUGGCUGAAAUCGAGAAAGCCGAAUUCGCGGAAGCGACGGAUGGGCGCCCAUUAAUAACAUUGAGCAUCUCUUUUUGCCUGGGUGACUUCGCGUCCUUCGGCCAUAGGGGAGCAACGGUAUUUCCGCUUCGAUCGUGGGAGACGGAGGAAAGGCACUUUGCACGACGAGUGGAAUGAUGCAGGAUUAAGUUGUUUCAGCGGUUAAUUUCACGUUCGACCCACCCACGUGUGUGGAGAAUCGAAAGACGCACGUGGCAGCGAUCGGCUCUCUCGAGAUUUUUCCGAAAAGUAAAGACAAAAUGUGCGACAGCGGUGCUGGCGAGUGCGAGGAGAGGAGCGACGAGAAAACGGAUCCGGGCGCUAUCAGACACGGGAACUUCAUGAAUUAUUACCAAUUCCAUCCUGCGGAAGAGCGCGUGCGGCAACUUCCGCGUGGCGUGUGGCAGCGGCAACGGGUCGCCCAUCCGGCCCGGAAAUACGCGGGUCUAGACGUCGGCUGUAACGCCGGGGACCUCACAUACCGUCUGCGCGACUUCCUCGAGGAGACCGUGUCGCAAGAUCGGCCCGAGAUCUCCUUAAUCGGCGUGGAUCUCGACCCGAUCCUGAUCGAGAGAGCGCGCGAGCGCAAUCCGCGCCCGGAUCGCGUGACCUUCGAGUGUCUGGACUUUUUGUCCGAGGAAUGCGGCGAGACGUUGCGGCGGUAUCUGGCGCGGCUUAAUAAAACGCGAUUCGACGUGGUGUUCUGCUUCUCGAUCACCAUGUGGAUCCACCUGAAUCACGGCGACGACGGCCUGGUGGAGUUUCUGCGAAGGGUCUGCGAGCUCGCGGAAAUGAUCGUCGUCGAGCCGCAGCCUUGGAGAUGCUACAAAAACGCCUCGCGAAGGCUGCGGAGAGCGAAGCUGGGGGACUUUCCGCUGCUGAAGGAGCUGAAGUGCAACAGGAAUCCGAUGGGGCACAUAGAGGGUAUUUUGAGGAGGCUGGGCUUUCAAAGUGUCACCGUCACCGCCGGCAACGAAUGGGGACGCAUGCUCUUAAUUUACGAGAGAAAACAGGAAUCGUAAAGGGCAAAUGUGUGCGAUUGUAUACAUACAUUCACAAUCCUAAAAAAGGUAAAAUUAUAUAGAGCACGUCUAUCGCGAGUGUACUCCACGCGCAUCGCAUCUAAAUAUACAUCAUAAACUGCGUAUGUAUGUGUGUUGUAUUGACAUUAGCGGUAAUAAUUUUCCUAGAUAACGACAGACAAUUUGUAAUAAAUAAAGCUUUUCAAAUUACUA